AGUCCGGUUACUUUUGAAUCGGUUGUCGCCAUUUUAGCUCGUCUGCAUUUAUCACGUGAUGUAGUAAGUCACCAUCACAUGAUAUAAAUUGAAACAAACAAUCUCAUUGGAUAGUUAAGAAACAACCAGCUAAUCAAAGGUGUUGAUAUAUCUCUCAAUCUAUUCAAUAUGGCGGAGUAAUUAACUGAGCUAGUACAAGUAACAAUUAAAGUGUGUUUGUAUUAAAGAAUAUAUCCUAAUGAAGCGUUAAGACGCUGGAUUAAUGCUGACAAGUCAAAGUUGAAAUUAAUUACUGUAACCAUUUACAAUGUCUGAGAAGGACGCGUUGGCACCAAAGAGACCGGAAGUGGCCCCGGCCUCGAGUAUACCGGACCAAGUGUUGUAUCAUGACAGUACACAGACACCCAGGGCGAGACUACUUCAGAUUUUGUUCGUUGCCUUGGUUGUCAUUAUGGUGCUUGUUUGUAUAGUAUUGAGUAUAGUUCAAGGUGUAAAGAAUGGUUCAUAUGGUGCAAUAUACUUCAUGCUAGGUCUGAGUCUCAUAGGCUUUGUCGCUGUGGAAGUUAUUCUGGUUGUGUUCAUACGCCGAGACCAUCUGGACAGAGGAAAAUUGUGGUUUUUAUAUUUCGUCGGCGGGAUAGUUAUUCUUGAGUCAGUUUUCACCGACAUCUUGUUGUACCGCUGAAAGGAUAUUUAGUUUCAAGCUUAGAAAUACAACACAGAACUUUCACAAAAAGUAACGAUGCUUCAUCGGAACAUCGUGUCUUCAUUGUAUCUUGUAAAAAUGCUUAUGAACUGCAUGUUGUUUUGUUUAAUAGAAAUAAAUAUAUAUUUAAGUAUGUAAUAAAUCACAUGUUGUAGUUA